CUCGAAACGUUUUUGCGGCAGCGGACGCGCCGCAUGCGCGGUGCUCGAGGCUGCUGGUUGAACGGUGCCUUUUUGGUGAGCAAAGGAGGGGUGUCUCGUAGAGUCCAGAAAAGCAGGCUUGCUUGGCUCUCUCGUCGUUUUUUUCUCUUUAGAGAGGAGACAUUUCCAGGACAUCCGACAGCUUGAGCGGGCAGACGGUGCGCAUGACAAAGGCUCCCUUCUUUCUCUCAACGUCUCUCCCUGCAUUCGUUCGAGAGACACGCAGAUACAAGAAAACACACACAAAACGACGAGUCGUUGUGCACUCAAGUCCAUCUUACUGCAUGCAGCAAAUGCGACUCAACAUAUUCGCAGACAUGCGCCAGUUUGUGUGUGUCUGAGCUUGGAUCUGUUACCUCGCUGCCUGAGAAGCUCGGGAGAGCACCUGAACGCAAGCUGCUGCGGUAGAACGCGCCAGAGCUCUGUUUGCAAAAGUAGCGACUGUGUCUCGUGCUCACCUGUGUGUUCAUUCGUGGUGUCUUGUGCCACUAGAGCCGUUCUUCGCGCAUGCAGCCAAAGGCUCUCUUGUCGCUCGCGUCCGUAUGUCCGUCGAGCUCCAUGGGUCGCGCGUCACUCUCGAGUUGUUCUUUUUCGCCGUCGCCUCUCCAGUUCUCUCGCGGUGCCUCCUCUCUGUUUGCGUCCUCGCUGCUGUGCGCCCCCGCGUCCUCUGCGUCGGCGACAAGAAGUCGCUUCUCUUCCGUCCCGACCGCUGCGGCCGGUGUGUGUGCACCGGGUUCGCAGUCGUCCCGAGCAGCUUUUGCGUUCUUCUGCUCCUCGCUUCUCUUCUUGAACAGGUCAGCCUCCCUGCCUCUUCGCUGCACAGACAGAGCGCUCUCUGCUCGACUUCCUUCGCUCUUGCCGCCUUCCGCCGGCCUCGCCGACACCCUCAGGCUCUCAGGUGUCACUACACCUCCCGCGAGCGCUGGAGGCGAAGCGCAGCCCGGCUUCUGCUACUCGCGCAGUCUCCACUCUGCGGCAGUUCCUCCCUCCGCGGCUCUCUCCUCGCGUUCUGCAAACGCGGAAAGAAACGCCAUGGCGACGCAUAUGAACGGCUUCGAUCCGUUGGAUCCGGCGCAAGUUGCAGAUGUGAUGCUCGUUCCGACCCUCUCUGACAACUACGCCUAUCUCCUCGUCGACAGAGAAACGAAGGAGGCCGCCUGUGUGGAUCCUGCAGAGCCACAAAAGGUGCUGGCAGCCGCGAAGAAGGCAGGCGUCGACUUGAAGAUGUGUCUCUGCACUCACAAACAUCUUGAUCACUCCGGAGGCAACGAGGAGCUCGCUCAGAGACACCCAGAAAUCCAGGUCGUCGGCAGCGGUUACGAGCGUACGCCUGGAGUGCAGAAGAUGGUCCGCGAUGGAGACGUCUUCUCUCUUGGAAGCUUGCGCAUUCGCGUUCUGCAUGCACCCUGCCACACGGGCGGUCAUGUCCUCUAUUUUGUGACUUCUUCGAAACACCCGGAGGGAAAGGCUCCUAUCCUUUUCACUGGAGACACUCUGUUCGUCGGCGGGUGCGGACGCUUUUUCGAGGGGACAGCACAACAAAUGUGUCAUGCCCUCUUGGACGUGAUAAGGUCGCUGCCGAAAGCGACGCGAGUGUACUGCGGUCACGAGUACACGAAGUCGAAUCUUGAGUUUGCGCUGAAGGUGGAACCCAGCAACAAGGACUUGCAGGAAAAGUAUGCGUGGACUGUGGAGCAGCGAAAGGCGAACAAGCCGACAGUUCCUUCGUCUGUCGAGCAGGAAAUGAGAUACAAUCCCUUUAUGCGCGUCGAGGAGAAGGCGGUGCAGGAGGCGAUGCAUGCAGUGGGAGACAAAGUCGAGACGAUGCAGCGUCUCAGAGACCUCAAGAAUCGUUCUUGAAAAGAUAAAACGACACAGAGGGCAGCGACAGAGAAGAAACGACAGCAAAGAAACGCAUUAGCACAGAAAGGAAGGAGGCACUUGAUGUGUAUCCGCAGGUGACCGCAAUGGAUGUAUCAUCGGGGCGUCCUCGCGGGAGAUUUUAUCGUGCAGGCAUGCUCGCUGUGUCGGUGUGUUUGCGAAAGCCUUGCGAUCGAACAGGGCAGUGGAAGUGAGGGCGGAGGUGUGACUUUUGUUGGUGUGACACUGGAUAAAAGAGAGAAGAAUCUGUGGCUUUCUGUCCUGGUUUUCACUUCUUGAAAGUCAGUUUUUUCAACCGCUCGUGGGUGUCGAACGCGGUUGGCGUUCCAGCGGGAAAACAGCGCGCUUAGAGUGUCUGUACACGCAACAAACCUGUAUUAGCAAACAGUUAAACCGCCUCGUCCGUGAAGACACAAAUAUCCACAUAUUUGUAUAUAUACAUAUGCAGAUGCAGAUGUGCGCAACUCUAGACGCUGUCCCGU